UCUGUGUUUUCCUCGGGGUAGCAAUCUUCUGUAACGACAUCCUUGCUUCCAGUGUCCAGCUGAGAAGACAUCUCCACAAGCUGCCGUGAGAAGAAACCCGCUGUUUUUCAUCAACAUGCACGUGAUUAAACGAGACGGACGUCAGGAGGCCGUUACCUUUGAUAAGAUCACAUCACGAAUCCAGAAGCUUUGCUAUGGACUCAAUUCUGACUUUGUGGACCCGGCUCAGAUUACCAUGAAAGUGAUCCAGGGUCUGUACAGUGGAGUCACCACCGUGGAGCUGGACGUCCUCGCUGCAGAGACUGCAGCCACGCUCACCACUAAGCAUCCCGACUAUGCAAUCCUGGCAGCACGGAUCGCUGUGUCCAAUCUGCACAAGGAGACCAAGAAAGUAUUCAGUGAUGUGAUGGAAGACUUGUACAGCUACAUCAACCCGUUAAACAAACAACACUCUCCGAUGAUUUCCAGAGAGACGCUGGACAUUGUCCUCGAAAACAAGGCUCGUCUCAAUUCAGCCAUCAUUUACGACAGAGACUUCUCUUAUAACUUCUUCGGCUUUAAGACUCUUGAGCGCUCAUAUUUGCUGAAGAUUAAUGGCAAAGUUGCUGAGCGGCCUCAGCACAUGCUCAUGAGAGUGGCAGUGGGGAUUCAUAAACGAGACAUUGACGCCGCCAUUGAGACUUACAAUUUGCUGUCAGAGAAGUGGUUCACCCACGCCUCACCAACGCUUUUCAACGCUGGCACCAACAGACCCCAGCUGUCCAGCUGUUUCUUGCUUACCAUGAAGGACGACAGCAUCGAGGGCAUUUAUGACACUCUGAAGCACUGUGCACUCAUCUCCAAAUCAGCUGGUGGUAUUGGACUUGCUGUUAGUUGCAUCCGAGCUACAGGAAGUUAUAUUGCUGGGACUAAUGGCAGAUCCAAUGGGCUCGUUCCUAUGCUUCGAGUGUACAACAACACAGCACGUUACGUUGACCAGGGUGGCAACAAGAGACCUGGGGCCUUCGCUGUGUACCUGGAGCCAUGGCAUGCUGAUGUGUUUGACUUUUUGGAGCUGAAGAAGAACACGGGUAAAGAAGAGCAGAGGGCCAGAGACCUGUUCUUCGCCAUGUGGAUCCCAGACCUCUUCAUGAAACGAGUGGAAAGCAAUCAGGAGUGGUCUCUGAUGUGUCCCAGUGAAUGUCCUGGGUUAGAGGACUGUUGGGGGGAGGAGUUUGAGAAACUCUACACGCAAUAUGAGAAAGAGGGCCGAUCCCGGCGUGUGGUGAAGGCCCAGCAGCUGUGGUACGCCAUCAUCGAGUCACAGACGGAGACCGGCACACCGUACAUCCUCUACAAGGACGCCUGCAACAAGAAGAGCAACCAGCAAAAUCUGGGCACCAUCAAGUCCAGCAAUCUGUGCACCGAGAUUGUGGAGUACACGAGCAAAGAUGAGGUUGCCGUGUGUAAUCUGGCAUCCAUUGCCCUCAACAUGUACGUUACUCCAGAAAAGACCUUCGACUUCAAAAAGCUGGCAUCCGUCACCAAAGUCAUUGUCAGAAACUUGAACAAGAUCAUUGACAUUAAUUACUACCCAGUGGUGGAGGCUGAGAGGUCUAACAAGCGUCACAGGCCCAUUGGGAUCGGAGUCCAGGGUCUGGCUGAUGCCUUUAUCCUCAUGCGUUAUCCGUUUGAAAGCCCAGAGGCCCAGUUACUCAACAUUCAGAUCUUUGAGACCAUCUACUUUGCGGCGCUGGAGGCCAGUUGCGAGCUGGCAGCUGAGCUGGGCGCUUAUGAAACCUACGCCGGCUCCCCCGUCAGCAAGGGGAUCCUUCAGUACGACAUGUGGGAAAAAACCCCGACAGAUCUGUGGGACUGGAGCGCACUGAAGGCAAAAAUUGCCAAGCAUGGCGUGAGGAACAGUCUGCUUCUGGCCCCCAUGCCCACUGCUUCCACGGCCCAGAUCCUGGGCAACAACGAGUCCAUUGAGGCAUACACCAGCAACAUCUACACCCGCAGGGUGCUCUCGGGAGAGUUCCAGAUUGUGAAUCCUCACCUCCUGAAGGACCUCACAGAGAAAGGGCUGUGGAACGAGGAAAUGAAGAACCAGCUGAUUGCACACAACGGGUCUAUCCAGGACAUUAAAGGGAUCCCCAAUGAGGUAAAGCAGCUGUACAAAACCGUGUGGGAAAUCUCCCAGAAAACGGUGCUGAAAAUGGCAGCAGACCGCGGCGCCUACAUCGACCAGAGCCAGUCCCUAAACAUUCACAUCGCCGAGCCAAACUACGGCAAACUGACAAGCAUGCACUUCUACGGCUGGAAGCUGGGCCUGAAAACUGGCAUGUACUACCUGCGGACGAAGCCCGCUGCCAACCCCAUUCAGUUCACCCUGAACAAGGAGAAAUUAAAGGAGGCUCAGUCGGCCAAGAGCGCCGAGGAGGAUGAAACCAAAGAGCGGAACACGGCAGCCAUGGUGUGUUCCUUAGCUAACAGAGACGACUGUUUGAUGUGCGGCUCCUGAGUCAUACCUCCACUAUCGCCAGCUCCUAUUUUAAAAAAGAAAAUAAAAAAAAAGGUUUUGGAAACAAGGUGCUUUUUUAUUUGUAUAGGAUCAUGAGGGAUUGUAUUGCAUUUUUUUUAAGCUCAAUCACAAUUGUUUGUUGCAGCAUUAUUUUUUAACUAUUUUCAUCAGGGAGUGUUUACAUACACAGUUUUGUAUAGCUUGAAUGGGUUUCAAUGAAUUGCUUUUUUGAAUGUGUGUCACAAUGAAUUUCCUGCAGAACAUUAAAAAUG